ACACUGCAUGCUGCGCAGAGAGGCUAGCCAACCCACUCACGUCUCCCCGCCUCUGCCAGGAUCAGCGCAAGGAUGUCCAUGCCUCGCCACAGCCAUGCGCUGCUCGCCGCGCUCCUCGCGUGCGCGCUCACUGGGACCAGCGCGCAGCCGGCGUCGCCGGGCAACUAUGACGACUACAUGUCCGGCCAGGUGCACAUCAGCACGGCCAUGAUCGCGCUCCUGGCCGCCGUCAUCGCGGUGUUCGUCUUCAUCGCCUUCUUCACCAUCUACCUCCGCCACUGCACCGGCCACGACGUCCGGUCGGACUUCGACCGUGCCAUCCCCUUCGACGCCUUCGUCUCGCGGUCGCGGAGGCAGCGGCGGCCGCGCGGGCUCGACGCCGAGGUCAUCGAGACGUUCCCUUCCAUGAAGUACGCCGAGGCCAAGGCGCUGCGCGUGGGGAAGGGGGGCGCGCUCGAGUGCGCGGUGUGCCUCAGCGAGUUCGAGGACGAGGAGCGGCUCAGGCUCCUGCCCAAGUGCAGCCACGCCUUCCACCCGGACUGCAUCGGCGAGUGGCUCGCCAGCCACGUGACCUGCCCCGUCUGCCGCUGCAAUCUCGACCCUAACAAGGAUACCAGUAGCGACGACGAGCCGAGUUUCCCGGCGCUACAAGCGAACAGCAUCUCCAGCGAAAUAGCCGCAGUACGGCAAGAUGACGGCGCGCAAGCAGUAGCCGUGGUGAUCGAUGUGGUAACCGAGGAGGAGGAGGAGGAGCGGAGGAUGGAGGCGAUGGAGCUGAAGCAGAUAGGGAGCCAGCGGCGAGCCAUGCGGUCGCGGUCGGGGCGCCGGCCGGUCAGGACCCAGCUCACCCGGUCGCACUCCACGGGACACUCCCUCGCCGUCCGGCUCGAUCGCGACCUGGAGCGGUUCACACUGUUGCUGCCGGAGCACGUGCGCAGGGAGAUGGUCGCCGCGGGGGAGCACAGCUUGCAAUUGCGUCGCGGGCGAAGAGUCGAGGAAGGAAGCAGCCGCGGCGGCCGCAGCGGUCCCCUCCGGCGCUCUGGCAGAUGGCAGUCCCUUCUUGCGAGGACGUUCUCAGGGAGGCUGUCGUUCUUUUCGGCGUCGAGGACGGCGGACAGCUCGGACAGAGAAGUGUCGUCGUCGUCGUCCACGAGGUUGAGAGGGAAGCGCGUGGCUGCCGUUGAUGUCGCCGACGUGCCUACCAAGGGGAAUCUCAUUGGCGGCAGCCCAUCCGGUGCGAAAGCUGGAACUGUGCCGCACGAGGCGGCGGCGGACGAGGAGAAAGCAGGUACCCAGCAGGUUCGAACGUAGAAUGGGAACAGAAGAUUUGAAUGUACAAACUUGAAAGUGAUCUUCUUUCACACACGAAAGAAACUGACUUUUUGGUCUGUGGGGAACUGGGUGCUGAAUUUGUGCUAUAAUCAACGCGGUAGUGCUCGAAAUUCCGUUGAAAAAUUUAACAUGCACAAAACUGUAAUUGUAAUUUUGUACAGGAGCAGAACCAUAAGCGACAAGUGAAGAUGUGUGAACAAUGUUGAAUUUUCUUGCUCUGCUCAUGGAUAUUCUGAAGUUGUGCAGUUGUGUCUUA